CUAAUUGUUGUGAUAAACUUAUUAAAUAGUUUUCAGAUAAAGCAUGGGUCUUGCUUCAGGAUAUUUGGUGCUUUAUAAUUUGUCACAGUUUGCUGGUUGGAGUUACAUUCUGGGUCAAUGUGUUUUCGUUUUGGCUACAAAGCGAACAUGUAGAGGGUUGUACUCAUCGGAAAUAGAGUUCGCACUCCAUAUAUUUCAAACGGCAGCAUUUCUUGAAGUGCUUCACGCAAUGCUUGGUCUCGUGAAGUCAAAUGUGGUGCAAACAUUUGGGCAGGUUUUUUCUCGCAACUACAUUGUUUGGCUCAUCGUCUACCAAGUUCCCGAUGCUAAGUACAGUCCAGGCAUCCGUCUUCUCUUGUUUGCCUGGUCAAUCACCGAAGUUGUGCGGUACCUCUUCUACGCGCUUCAAGUCAUGGGAAAGAGCGUUUACUUAGUUACAUGGCUCAGGUACACAAUGUUCUUAGUACUGUAUCCUAUGGGCGUUGCUGGUGAGAUGUGGACUGUUUACUCUGCCCAGCCGGAGAUUUUGAAGAAGGAUGUGUUGUCAGUGGCCAUGCCAAAUCCAUACAACAUCGCAUUUUCAUUCUAUUAUGCAACAUGGCUCCAACAGUUACUAUGGCCACUCGGUCUGUAUCAACUCUAUACGUAUAUGCUGAAGCAGCGCUCCAAGGUACUGGGGGGCAAAAGUACUCCUCCCACUCCGCAUCAGAAAACGCAGUGAAAUCACCGCCUGAAACAAACAUUCGACCAUCAUACAUUUGAUGAUAAAUGAUAACGCUCUGACGAUAAAAUAUCUGAUGACUUAACUUGUAAUAUGUGUAUCCUACUUUUGAAUUUGUGUAUCCGGGUUCAUGUUUGUCAGUUUGAAAUUACCCUGUAACUUUAUAUGAUAAACUGCUGAUUAGAAUAUGAAAUCGAUGACGUCGU